UCAAGCUUUUCUAUCUCUGUAACAAACAAUAACGACCAUCAUCAAUUAUAAUGUGGUGUAAAAGUCUCGCACAUAUUUCCCGACGAGUAUCAAGAAGCACUUUUCGAGAUUUCCACGUCACGGGUACUUUUUCUUCUCGAGAUCUCAAAGAAAGCGAGAACCUCCGAUCAGACGUAAGAAAGAAAUCGCCACGAAUACUAAUUACAGGUGGCCUUGGACAAUUGGGCACCGAAUGCGCGAAAUUGCUACGAAAAAAUUAUGGAAAUGAGAACGUGAUUCUCUCGGACAUAAUCAAGCCAACCGAUGAAAAUCUUUCGAACGGACCGUUCAUCUUCGCUGAUAUCCUCGACUUCAAGGGCCUCCAAAAAAUCGUGGUGAACUAUAGAAUCGACUGGCUGAUACAUUUCAGUGCUCUUCUGAGCGCUAUCGGCGAACAGAACGUUCCUCUUGCGGUGAGGGUCAAUAUUGAAGGUAUGCACAAUGUGAUCGAGCUGGCGAAACAGUAUAAACUGAGGAUAUUUAUUCCGUCGACGAUCGGAGCGUUUGGUCCCGAUUCACCGAGAAAUCCCACCCCGAAUGUUACCAUCCAACGGCCACGGACGAUUUACGGUGUCAGUAAGGUUCACGCCGAACUUUUAGGCGAGUAUUAUCAUCAUAGAUUCGGUCUUGACUUCCGGUGUCUUCGGUUUCCGGGAGUCAUCAGCAGUGAUCCACCUGGUGGUGGAACUACAGACUACGCUGUAGCGGUUUUUCACGAGGGAUUGCUUACUAAAAAAUACGAAUGCUAUUUAGAACCAUGUACGAGGCUGCCAAUGAUGUACAUAGAGGAUUGUUUGUCGGCACUCUUUCAAUUUUUAAAUACUUCUAACGAUCAGUUGCGUAGACGGGUGUACAAUGUCACUGCAAUGAGCUUCACGCCGGAAGAACUGUUUAACGAGCUUAAGAAACACGUUCCCGACUUAAAGAUUACGUAUAAGCCGGAUGGACGACAAUACAUUGCUGAAAGUUGGCCGCAAGUCUUCGAUGAUAGUGAGGCGCGACGGGAUUGGGGGUGGCAGAACAAGUACAAUUUGGAGCAACUAGUGGAGUCGAUGAUACGCGAUGUAAGGGUAAACUUGCUAUCGAAAAAAUCAUUGAAGGAGGUUAAUAGUUACGUAUAA